GGGGAAACGCCAUCAUCUCCCGAGGCAGGAAUUACGAGCAGAUGGGCACGGGAAAGUCAGAGAAGGGGAGCACGAGGGAGCAAGCGAUCGAGUUGGAUGAUGAGGAUGAGCUUGAGGAUGGGAGUACCGCGACGCCUGUGCGGAACUCCCCUCAACUCAAGGCGAAGAAGGAAGAGCCCGAGAUUAAAAUCAUUAGGGUGAAGACGGAGAUCACCCACGUACGGAUGAACGAGCCCUCACGCGCUCCGGUUGGGUUAAGGCCCAACCCACUUCCCCUCAAUGCCGGUGCAGUGGAUCAACCUAUUCAACUUCUCGACUCAGACUCCGACGACGACUGUGUUGCGCUCCCUGCACCACCGCUACGACAACCAAAAGGCGUCGUGAGGACGAGCUUAAUUCAAUCUGCAAAGGAAACGAUGGGGGAAUCAGGUCGUGCGAGCAACGUGAAACGCGAACAGUCUCCUUUGCUCGCGAACCCCGUUGUUCACGAGCUGAGUGACUCGUCCGAGGGCGAGGUCAAGCCUCUAGACUUCGGACGUCAUUCCUCUGAUGCAGAGAGCAGUAAGCCCCUCAAGCGCUCACGCACAUGCUCCCCUGGAAAUCUAUCACCUCCGACGGGAGAGUUUCGCUCCCUCUCUCUCAAGGCUAUAGUUCACCGCCGGGGGUUCGCGUACGACCCAUCAGAGACAGAAGACUGGAAGGACUACCAUGCUGGUUUCCCGUCCGUUUCGCUCGUUAGCGUGUUGCCUGUGAAGGAGGAGGAGGGAGAAGAAGACCAGAAGACGAUGGUGGUGGAAGAAGACGCGCGAGAAGCUGACGCGAAGACAGCGUUCAAAGAGCAGCUGAGACUAAAAGAACUCGUCGUGAACAUGGAGACUACUCGCGCGCCACUGGAGGUCCUGACGGUGUUCAUGGAUCGGAGAGGGCAGAGCAUAAGCGCUCCGGACUUUCCUUGGGACUUCGCCGACGUCAAGCAUAACACAGACUGGGAACAAAAUCGAGCUUGUGAGGCAAGGGGAGGGUCGGGCUCUGAGGGUCAUUAGGGAGCUGGUUGGUACUUCGGGAGCGAUAUGGGCCACAGACCAGUCGAGAAACGGGACUGUCGCUGUUGCUGCUGCUGUUGCUGCUGGGGAAGAACAGUACCGGAGGAACGAUGAAGACUAUGUCUUGAACGCAUAUAACAAGCCUGGAAACUUGGGUGUUUGGAUGAUGACGGAGGAGGAUAGUGACGAUGAGGAACGAUCUACGGACGAGGUGAAUGUACUGCAUGAGCACAUCUUCCGAGACGUGUUCGAUCCUGGGCUUGGGGCUCGACCGCACUAUGCCACCGUUUUUGGUGUGGCGUUCGAUCCUUUCACGGAUGACAGCUUCGUCUCCAGCGGCGCCGAUGGGACGGUGAGAAAAUGGGAUCGUCCUGACCCAGAGAAACCUCAUGUCAACACACAUACGUGGACGUUUGAUAAGCAUCCACAUCAUCUUGUGUUUCAUGGAGGGGAGAAGAUAUUCGCAGUGGGAGGGAGCGAUGGUCGUGUAUAUGUUCACUCUGGGCAAGAUUAUACCACACAGUAUUACAUAGAAGGCAGCAACCCUGACCGUCAAGUCAGCUCGAUGACCUGGGGCAAAGCGAGUUGUUCUUCAACGGUCUUCUUCGCGACCGAGCACACGGGUCAGAACCAGAAUGACGGUGAAGCAUACGCCGCCAACUAUGUCGCGGGCAACCAUAAAACAAUGUACAACUUCUCCGGUGUUCCAGGUGGAGGAGCUGUGAUGGCACUAGAUGGCACUGGCAGUCGGUUGGCUAUCGUCGCUGGUCAACGUAGCAACAUGGCCCGACAGUCUUUGUUGGUCUACGAGCCGCAAGUUCUGGAUGCACAGACUGUUCUUGAGUGUCAUCUUCCAGAAUUUGGAUAUAUCACACACCCGCCGUCGUUAUCCGAUGAAUGCCAUAUAAUGGAUGUGCAAUUCUCUCCCUGCGGAAGGUACAUCGCCAUCGCCCGAGAUAACAACUGCGCCCUGAUCUACGACAUCCGCAAUGCCACUCUUCCAUUACACGUCUUUGGACACGUCACCUACUCCAGAGAGGAGAUGGAACACCGGUUUGGCAUUCGGGGCGGGACGCAGGCCACAUACGGCAUCGCCAGCUUGGGCUGGAUGGGGCACGAUACUCUCAUAACUGGUGGUUCUGAUGGCUGUGUACGACGCUGGGAUACGCGCAGAGCAACGGAGAGGAUGGGAGGACAGGUGGUCGCUCGACUCGAUCAGCCCGUAGCGCAUCUUUCGUUUGGUGAUGAUACCCAACAGCAUCGAUAUCCUUUAAUCGGGAGAUAUGGAGGGCAAGGUUUAUGUGUUUGACUACAAAGUAGGGCAUACAGGCAGCUUCAUAAUAUAAUAUAGCGCAAUGCAUAGGUUACCAUUCCGAGUCAUUCAGAAUGUCA